GCAUUUACUUGCAUAUAAUUAUUAUUAUUAUUAUUAUUAUAAUAAUAGGACUGCGUUGUAAAAUAAUUCAGGUCACAAACCUCCGGAUCCCACAAUUUGUUAAGAAAAGCAAUACGACAGCGCCCCCUGGUGUCCACGCUAUGAAGCAACAUCCCUCCCUCUGCUCCCUUUCCCCCUUUCAUUAUUCCAGCAUUCGUCGCCAAGGGGAACGUUGCAAUUAAUAGAAUCUAUACUGACAUGUCCGGUUUCCCAUCGAAAGUGUGGGGAAGUCAAGUCACAAAAGAUAGGACGAGGGCACCACAGAGAGGUAGAAACGAAGCAAAAGCAAGGGAGACUCUUGUGACAGACUAGCAAAGCUGCUGUUGACAUAAACUUUCGUGGAUCAGGGGCCAUUUCACCAGAUGCUUGAAGUGUAAUCCUAAUCGAAAUGCAAAAAGGGAAACGAAAUGCAAAAACAACCGUCAGUGAAAAUUACAUAAAAGCAAAUAAGUUACAGCUGCAGGCAUCGUUAGUGACAGCAUAAACUUCUUAACAUUUUGGUAAACUAAUUCGAUGCAUUCUGCUCUUGAGCCCCUCAAAUGGCGGCGUUUGAAUGGAAACCGGAAGUAUAAACUGAGAAUUGUUUCCUUUUUUCUUUAAACUCAACGGUUGGGACGACCGCUUUGUGAGCGACGCUUGAGAAGCCACGCCCCUGUUUCUUGGCCAAUCAUCUAGCGUAAAAGAGAUGGCAUUUUUCCGCCGUGAGCAGCCAGCCAAUGGGACUGCGUCGAGAGGAAGCUGCGGAAGUAGGAAGGAAAGUGGAGCACGCGGAGAAGGGAUCGUUUCUUUUUUAAAAAACCCUGCGCGAGGAAUGGAACAAACUCUUCUGAGGAAUACUGAUGAAGGAACGUUUCCUCGACAGAGUCCCCCAUUGGCCUCCUUUUUUCUUUUUCCCGCCUCUUUCUUGUCUGAGGAAAAUCUGAUGGAGAGAACAGAUAACAUUUUAGACCUUUACCUUCUCUGGAUGCACUUUUAGUCACACGGUUGCUAUGGAGAAGAUCAAGGAGCAGUUUUCCAAUCUCCAGAUAGCAAAACAGUGCACGGUAACAGAAGACCCGACAUACUUACUGAACAUAGAUGUUUCAAGAGGAGAAGGGAGCCAGUUAGUGGCCGUUUCCUGUUCCAAUAAAUCAAUCAGAGUUUACAACAGAGAGACACUGAGUUUGCUCCGGGAAUACAGCAGCCAUCCUGGAUUGCUCAGUGGCGUCAGAUUUGCGCACACAUGUGAAAGUGUGUUGUUUUCAGCUUGCAGCGAUGGAACAGUGAAAUGCUGGGAUACUCGUUUAGCUACUGUAGAGCCCGUACAGUUGUUUCGUGGCUAUCCUCUAAACGUCUUCAUUAGCUUUGAUAUAAGCUGCCAUGACCUUAUAGUAUGUGCUGGCACAGAGAAAGUGGAAGAAGAUUCAUUCAUGGUAUUCUGGGAUGCCAGAGUCUGCACAAACAGUGUCCCUUCCAGCAAAGAUCCCCUGGGCGUCUAUUCAGAGUCCCACAAUGAUGAUAUCACUAAAAUAGGGUUUCAUCCCAUCAAAUCGAACUUGGUAGUUUCGGGGUCAACCGACGGACUGGUGAACGUGUUUGACAUUGACAAGGACAACGAAGAUGAUGCUUUGGUUGCAACCUUUAACUCUGACUCAUCAGUUAGUUUUAUCGGAUGGUCUGGAAAAGACUAUCAGCAGGUCUAUUGUAUGACACAUGAUGAAGGAUUUUGUUGGUGGGACCUGUCCCAGCUGGAAACCAAGGAGCCAAUCACAUUGUUGCAUAUUCCAGAUGCUAGAGAAGCAGGCCGCAUAGAAAGCACCAUGCUGGACUAUUUAAUUGGUGGCUGGUAUCAUGAAACAAUGGACAAGUUCCUUGUCAUUGGAGGAACGUCAACGGGAAACAUAUGCCUCAUGGACUGUGGUGUUGAUGGUCUGAGGUCUGUAGGAGUCCUUCAGGGAGGGCACUCUGCUCCCAUCCGCUCUUUCUGCUGGAACAUGGUGGAUAAUUCUUUGUUGACUGGUGGAGAGGAUGCACAGUUGUUGCUGUGGAAAUCUGGAGCUGUGGACAAAGCGUUUGGAAAGAAGGCUUCUAUGAAAACCUCUUCCUCUGUUCAUCAGCGACUGAGAGUUCACCAACACUCUUUCAAAAGCAAGAAAAACAAACAUCUUUGUAAAUAGGUGGGGGGGAAGGCAGCCACAUGGAAGUGCUUCCAGAGGGUGUACCAUGUUAAACUCUUGCAGCAAAUUAAAGAUUAAUUUAUUAUGGCAUAAUCUUUUGUGGACUAAAAUCUACUUCAUCACGCAUGAAAGCUUAUGCAUAAUAAAUUAGUUAGUCCUUAAGGUGCCGCAGAACUGUUCCACCCGUAAAGAAUUGACCUUUUUAAAAAGUUGGAAUGUUUUUUAGGGUGGUGAGUUAUUUGCAGGUAUAUCAUGUAUGCAGCUUAACAAUCAUCAGUCUGUUUACUUGGAAAAUAUCCUGUCAGCAUCAGUGGGACCCCACCGUCCAACUAAGCAUGCAUAAUAUGAGAAGCAUGUCAAACAAAUAAAAUGUGACAAGCUUAUUUAAAGAUUUUUCUCUGCAUUCUGCAAUCUACAUUUUAUUUUGUUAUUUUUUUUUAAAGACGCCUGUAGUCACAGGGAGUGGAGGAAGAAAAGCCUACUAAAAACAAGUGAAACACAUAGUGAAAAAAGUGGAUAAGAGAAAAAUCAACUCAUUUGAAAUGUGGUGGUGGAGGAGAGCUUUGCAGAUACCAUGGACUGCGUAAAAGACAAAUAAUUGAGUGUUAGAACAAAUUAAACCAGAACUAUUAUUAGAAGCUAAAAUGAUGAAACUGAGGUUAUCAUACUUUGGACACAUCAUGAGAAGACCUGAUUCACUAGAAAAGACAAUAAUGCUGGAAAAACAGAAGGGGGUAGAAAAAUAGGAAGGCCAGACAAGAGACAGAUUGAUUCCAUAAAGGAAGUCACAGACCUGAGCUUACAAGAUCUGAACAGGGUGGUUCAUGACAGAUGCUCUUGGAGGCCACUGAUUCAUAGGGUCGCCAUAAGUCGUAAUUGGCUUAAAGGCACAUAACACACACACACGGCAUCCAAAUAUGUAUCCAAGCAAAACUGGUAUACAUUCAUAAUGUAGCAAAGGCGUUAAAGUCUUCAGAUCAUUGUGCGAUAGAUGGUGGGUGUUUAUCUUUCCAGGCUCGAAGCAGAAGUCUCUUAGUGACCAUCAGGGCCUUCAUCUCCAUACUACAGAGAUAUAAACUAAAAGCACAUCAACAUCUGCAAAUAUCAAAUAUUUUGCCAAUGUGGAAUUGAUAUGCACACCUUCAGACCAGAAACACUGGCGCGUGCCCACAUCACAUGCCUCAGCGAGGCAUUUUCAGCAUUACAUCUCCAGCAUCUAUCUGAAUUAAACAGAGCCUUUCGGUAAAGAAUUUGUGGAGUCCAGUUUUACCAAAACCUAAUUUUUUUGCUGAAUCAAUUUCAGUUUUCAACUACAUUAAUUAAGUAUUGAAUAUAUAUUGCAUUUUUCUCAUGGCUUCAACUUGUUUCAGAAACCUGGGAAGUGGAGAGCUCAUCUGGUUUGCAGAAGGCCAGAGAUCCACCAGAGUCUCCUGCUGGAGGAUGUUCCCUGUGCAGCCCCCUGUGCCCCCUCCCACACUGCUUCACGGUGUUCCCUCAGUGCUCUGGACCACAGGGGGUUGCAGGGAGAUGGAGGAAUCAGUAAAAAUGGCCUCCAACAACAAACUCACAGCGACUCUGCAUCCAACCCUGUAUUUUCUGUCGCUGACAGAGUGCUCUUCACGUGCAGAAGGAGCAAGAGUGUGCAAUAUCAUUUUCUGUGUUUUGCAAGAAGCAUGAUGCUUCUAGACUGUGUGGGGGCCAGAGCUCAGUGGCAGAGCACAUGUUUACGUGCAAAAAGUGCCAGGUUCAAUCCCUAACAUCUCCAGGUAGGGCUGGGAAAGAUUCCUGUUUGAACCCCUGGCGAGCCAUUGCCGGUCAGUGUCAACAAAACUGAGAUACAUGGACCAAUGGUCUGAGUAUGUAUAAGGCAGCUUCCUAUGUGUGGCCAGACCUGGUAUAAAUACUAGAUGCUUCACUUAGGCUUUUCUGUGACAGUGAUUCUGGGUUGGAGAACGUUCACUCCAGGUUUGGCCUCCUACGGACUUGACCUGGUCCCACCACUCUCCAUGGACAGGAAUACUGCAGUGUUUGUAGGCUAUUGCUUGUAUUGCUGAACUUAAGACGUUUGAAAAAGGCCAUAACCUAAAUUUGGUUCCCUUUAGGGAUCUGUGUUGCAAGCAUGGUUGUGGGUGGAAUGAGAUGACAUUUUCCUUUUCUUAUCCAUAUGGCAACGUCUUCAUAGAACCAGGCAUGUGGACAGUUGCUCGUUGCAUGAGGAACUUUGCUAUUGCCGUAAGCACAGCGAACACGAUUUUGGCAUAUGUCAAGUACGUGAUAGUAUCAAGAGUCCCAUCACAUGCUUGGACCCCUUCAGACAACUCCAUCUGCUUGACUUGUCAGCUUUUAAGUGGCAUUAGGCUGGGGGCAGCUUUUUUCAACCAUGGUGUAUUUUGAGGGGAGAAAACUGAACACUGCUUCUGGAAAAAGGCCGGAUAAAAAUAUGAAUCAAUCAACCUUAGGCUGCUUGGAUGGCUUUAAAAAAGAAUUAGACAAAUUCAUGGAGAAUAAGGCUAUCAGUGGCUGCUACCCAUGAUGGCUGUGCUCUGCCUCCACAGUUGGAGGCAGUAUGCUUCUGAAUGCCAGUUGCUGGAAGCUGCAGGAGGGGGACAGUGCUCUUGCACUCAGGUCUUCCCAUGGGCAUCCGGCUGGCCACCAUGAGAACAGGAUGCUGGAUGAGAUGGGGGUCUCUUCUCCACCCCCAUGCCUUUACCAGUGGUAUUAAAAAGGGGGUUGAGGCUGCAAUUUUAUCAACAUGGCAAGUUCUCUGGAAGAUGAUGGGACUUGUCUGAGGUACCGUGCAUAAAAUCAUGAGCGUGAUGUUUCCAGCUACCCCACUACCUCCUGCCUUUGGAGGGCUUGCAAGAAGUGGCUGCAGGAGUGAGACCGCAAGUAACAUCAUGGGUGGGGUGUUUCUAGGAGCAAAGCUGAAACUGUCUUAAUUUCCUUUUAUUUUUGCCAUAUUGCCAAGAGGUGUAAAGUGGCCUGCUAAAGAAUGUAAUGUUAUAGGAUUGAAUAGGUUUUUGUGUUUGCUGUGACAUUUGUUGUUUUAUUACUGCUGUUGUAUUAUUUUAUUAUGAAAUUGUUUUUGUAAUUGUCAUUUGCUUUGUAAGCCAC